AAGAUAUCAAAUUGAAGUCAUUGAAUCAAAAAAUGGCAUCAGAUAUACACCAGGAAGACCAACACCUGUCAAAUGAAGAUGGAAGAGGUGAUGCAUGGGAAAUUCACUAUGAAAUCGAUCCUUGUUUAGAUUUCAAACGAAGACAUAUAGAAAAUGCCAUGAAUGAAAUAGAAAAGUAUUCUCGUAUUCAAUUCCUUCCACGAACAACUCAACGAUGUUAUCUGAACAUUACUAAAGAUGACGGAUGCUAUUUCAAUAGCGGCGACAACUGCUUUCAAAGUAUUUCCCUUGGAGUAGGUUGCAGAGAUUUUGGAACCAUUCUCCAUGAACUGCUCCAUGUGUUUGGGUUCGAACAUGAACACAACAGGCCGGACCGUGAUGAAUAUCUCACGAUUCACUGGGAUAACAUCGAAGAAGAACACAAGAUUCAAUUCGAGAAGCUGGAACCUAGCAAAUACAAGUGGAAUGUCUUUCAAAUAGACUAUGAAUCCAUCAUGAUGUAUGAUAGCUACUCAUUCUCAAAGAAUGAUCUGAUUACCAUUGAGCGGAAGAAUGGCGGAGAAUUAGUUCGUAAUAACAAACUGUCUGAAAUGGACAAAGAAAAACUUAGAUUAUUAUGACUAUGAGAAGUGAACCAGAAAUUCCUUUUUUUGUUUCUGUUAAUAAAUUUUUAUUUAUUGAAUCUC